GGUGGCGGGAGAGAGGAAGGGAUUGCCUGGCUGGCUGGCGAGCCCAGCCGAGCGGCUUUCUACUACCCUAAUCCUCGCCAAGGACAGGCUGGCUGCAAGCGCGGCUAGCGGUCGCGCGCCAUCGUGCAUGCGCGCGCUGGACCGACCCAAGCAGAUGGAAUGUGGCGCGAGACAUUGAAACAUGCCAUUAAUCAAAAGAAACAUUGAACCUCGGCACCUAUGCCAAGGAGCUUUACCUGAAGGAAUUACUAGCGAAUUGGAAUGCGUAACCAAUAGUACUCUUGCUGCUAUCAUACGUCAGCUAAGCAGCUUAAGCAAACAUGCUGAAGACAUAUUUGGUGAGUUGUUUAACGAAGCCAACAACUUUUACAUCAGGGCAAAUUCUCUUCAAGAUAGGAUUGACCGUCUGUCUGUCAAGGUUACUCAACUGGAUUCAACUGUGGAAGAAGUUUCAUUGCAAGAUAUUAAUAUGAAGAAAGCAUUCAAAAGUUCUACAGUACAGGAUCAACAGGUUGUUUCAAAGAGCAGCAUUCCCAAUCCUAUAGCUGAUAUUUACAAUCAGAGUGACAAACCACCUCCACUGAAUAUUCUUACAUCAUACAGAGAUGAUAAAAAAGAUGGCUUAAAAUUUUAUACUGAUCCUUCUUACUUCUUUGACCUCUGGAAAGAAAAAAUGUUACAAGAUACAGAGCAUAAGAGAAAAGAGAAGAGACGACAGAAGGAUCAAAAACGUAUAGAUGGCACAACUCGUGAGGUGAAAAAGGUUAGAAAAGCAAGGAACAGGCGCCAAGAGUGGAAUAUGAUGGCCUAUGACAAAGAACUUAGACCAGACAACAGGUUGUCUCAGAAUAUUUACCCUGGAGCAUCUUCUGAAGGGUCUCUGUCCCCUGAAACUAGAUCCCAUGCUUUGGAUAUUACCAGUUAUUCAUAUCCUGCUACUCCAAAUCAUUCACUCCAUCAUCAACUUUGCUAUGUGCCUUCAUGUGGAACAGGAGAUGGAUCUCAGUUUAUGCUUGCAAAACAGGGCCUUGAACAUGAAUAUAGGUUAUCUUCUACCACAGUGCAACAUGCUACUUUGAAUAGGCCUCAAGAACCGCCUCCACCCCCACCCCAAAUCUUAGAUGGUGCUCUGGGUACUGUUGCAUUGAUACCAGCAGAUUAUGGGAUGAUUGCAGCUCAGAUGGUGGAUUAUUACAAUUCUUCAGGAGGCCUAGCCCCUGCAUCACCGCUUAUGAUUCCUUCUGCGCAGACUGCUUUUGUUAGUCCUCUCCAAAUCCCUGUGCUACCUACCCAUUCUGGACUAAUGGCUGGUACACUGUAUUCUGGUACUCUUCAUCUUCCUCCUUCUGGGCAUAUUGUUACAGCUCCUGCUCCUCCUGGCCCACCUCCUCUUCCUCCAGGCCCUCCUGCAGGAUCUUCUCUCUCAUCGUCUCCAUUGCACACUCCUGCAGUAGCUGAGCUUAAAAUGCAGGAGUCUAUCCAGUCACCCAUCAGUGGUGCUCGAAGUGAUCUUCUUGCUGCUAUUCGGAUGGGAAUCCAGCUGAAAAAAGUACAAGAGCAGCGUGAACAGGAGGCCAAGCAUGAGCCGGUUGGAAAUGAUGUGGCCACAAUUCUUUCUCGACGGAUUGCAGUGGAAUACAGCGAUUCGGAUGAUGAGUCAGAAUGUGAUGAAAAUGACUGGUCAGACUGAAAAUGGGUGUGCGGCACCAAAGUUUUCCAGUAAACUGACCUAGAAAAUCAUUUAUAUAGCCUACCCUGGCAGUACUGGUAUAUAAUGGAACAAGUAGGCUUACUUGGUGAUGUUCAGAUUGAUCUAAUUUAGUUACUUUAGAUCAGUGUUUCUCAACUUUGUGAAUUUAAGAUGUCUGGACUUCAAUGCCCAGAAUUCCCCAGACGGUGUGCUAGCUGGGGUAUUCUGGGAAUUGAAGUCCUGACAUUUUAAAAGUUGCCAAGGUUAAGAAACACUGUUUUAGAUCACAGUGUUUCUGCAGAUGAAAAAAUGAACUUUUAUUUUCAGUUUUUGCUGCAUUAAUUGCAGCAAAGCAGUUUUCCUUUACCAUAAAUAUAUAUAAUUAUUUUUACUAUUUGAAUAUUCUAAGCAGUUCCUUUACUAUGGCAAAGCAAUAUCUUUAAGCAAUGAAAAGUCAUUGAUUCUUCCACUUUGACUCACCUUCAUUAACAUGCAAAAAUUGCUAGCAGCUAGUUCUUCUUUAUUAAAAAUAACCUCAACAACUAUGUUACUGCCAGAAUCUAUUGAAUGAGUUUCUGUUCACCAUAAUUAUGUUUCCAAAUACUCUGGAUUUGGAUCUAUUCAAAUAGCAUAUAUGGAGAAGUAUAGGUUGACAUCAGCAUAAAAACUAUGGUCAUACAAAACCAACUGGAAGAGUGAUACAGAAUGAAUCUGAAUGAUUUUGCACAAUACUGUGGAAUGCCAAAUGCCUUCCCUCCUUGCUAAUUUUAUUCAGCUUUCAUAAUCUGUUUUUUAAAUUCACCCAGUUCACACUGAGCACAUUGACCUUAUGGUUCAAUGAAUAAUGUAAUUGAAUUUAUAGAUAUAUUUAUGAAUAGUCGGGCUCCAAAAAUAAAAUCGAUUAACUACCCAGGCUCCUCUUGCCCCUUAUUAUGUGUUAAUGGCCUCAUUUAUGAUUGGUUUCUUCAUCCAAAUACAUCCUUAAUUAUUGAAAUGUAUGUUCCAAAUUGAUUAAUAUAAUUUUCUUACUUCUCAUGUAUUAUUUAAAGGGCUGCAUAUAUUACAUAUAAGGUAGACUCAUAAUGCCUUUGGCAGCCUAUAAAAGUGAACUGGAGUCAGCAUUUUAAAAAUGGCAGUUUCUAUUUACAUUUUAUGUCUACCUUAAUUUACUUUAUACUUUUCAAUUACUUUGAAAUUAUUCAGGGUUGAAAACAAAUUGGAAUUUACCUUUUAUAUCUAUGGCAGGACUAGAAUUCACAAUUUUAUUGUUGCUUUCAAAUUUCUGAUUCUAUGAAACAGUGUUAUUAUUUUUUGAGGGAAUGGGAGUUAGCAGUGCCCAGAAAAUGCCCUUUCCUCAUUGAGUGCCACUUUCCCUAUAGUUUUAUUAUAGUGGGCAGAACAAAGGAACGUCCGCCCCCUAAAACCUGCAAGAUAGAACAAGCUGCGAAACUUCUUUUGUAAUAGGUAAACUGCCACCAAUUUUCAGUUACUAAAUCUCAGGCUUGAACAUGUAACAAUCCAGAGUAAAGGGACUGAACAUCAAAAGAACGACUGGUCUAUCUUGGUUUAUUUUUUUAGAGUUGUUAAUUCCCUUGCUCCUAUCAUUACUUAUUUGCCUAUAGAAAACAAGACACAGUAUAUAUGGAAAGCAUUAUAUGCCAGAUCAGUUAAUAAUGAGGCUUCCUUUAUUUAUGGCCUCAUUGGAGAAGAGCAGGCUGACUUGGUAUUCAUUAUCAAAACCUGGCUGACUCCCGAAAGGGGAGUUUCCCUCUUGGAGAUAUGUCCAGCUGGAUUUAGGGUUUUGCAUAAGUCAAGACCCCAGGGUAGAUGAGGUGGAGUGGCAAUAGUCCUCUGAGAAUAUCUUUUGGCCUUUAGGGGCCCUGCUGCACAAGUUUCUAGAUAUAAGACCCUGUCUUGAAACUGGGAUCAUGGGUUGGGUUCAUGGAAUUGUUGCUCCUGUACCAAUCUUCCUGCUGCAUAAUGACCUCCCUGCGUCUGCUGUUGGAGGCCAUCUCAAUGGCACGGUAUUGUGUUAGUUUAACUCCCCUUCUCCAAGGUCAACCUCAAUCAAUAUUGCUAGGGAGUGAGAAAUCCAGCUCACUUCUCUUCCUUUGUGGAGUUGCUCAGGGCUUGGCACUCUGUUGUAUACCAGUUGUGUCCUUUCCUGGACUAUGAAGCCCUGCGCUCUGCCUUGCAUUACUGCAAUGUGCUCUACAUGGGGCUACCCAUAUAUUUGGAAGCUUCAGCUGGCACAAAAUGCAGCAGCACAAACAGUUUUAGGGGCCCUACAGGAGCUCAUGUAACAACUCUGUUGCACAAGCUGCACUGGUUGCUGGUUUGCUUCCAGAUUUAUUUAUUUAUUUAAGAAUUUUUUAUUUAAGAAAUGUACUUGGCAUCUCUGUUUCCAUUUGCCCUCUUGUCUUUAUCCCCCCCUUCCCCCC